UCAGGCAGGCAGUGUCAACAGCACGGUGCAGAGUGUACAUACAGGAAUUACAACUCCAACAAAUCAGCCGUCUAUCAAAAUGAACACCGAACCUGUUGUCAUCGUCUCUGCUGCACGGACACCAAUUGGGUCCUUCAAUGGUGCUCUGUCCGCGGUGCCUCUGCCGGACCUGUGUUCAGUAGUGAUCAAGGACGUUCUGAAGCGGGCUGGGGUGAAGCCAGAGGAGGUCUCUGAGGUUAUCAUGGGACACGUACUAACAGCAGGUCAUGGGCAGAACCCGACACGUCAGGCCAGUGUCGGGGCAGGUAUCCCCUACCCUGUCCCGGCCUGGAGCUGCCAGAUGGUGUGUGGCUCUGGGCUGAAGGCUGUGUGUCUGGGAGCUCAGUCCAUCCAGACUGGAGAGUCCACUGUGGUGGUGGCAGGAGGCAUGGAGAGUAUGAGCAGGGCUCCUCACACGCUGCACAUGAGAGCAGGUGUGAGGAUGGGCGAUGCCUCCCUGCAGGACUCCAUCGUGGCUGACGGCCUGACAGACGCCUUCCAUGGCUACCACAUGGGCAUCACAGCGGAGAAUGUGGCGAAUCAGUGGGAAGUCAGUCGAGAGGAGCAGGACCUGUUUGCUGUCCAGUCCCAGAACAAAGCGGAGGCCGCACAGAAAGCGGGACAUUUCGAUCAAGAGAUUGUCCCAGUCAUGACGUCAUCCAGAAAAGGCCCAGUGGAGGUGAAGACGGAUGAGUUUCCUCGCCACGGCAGCAACAUGGAGGGCAUGUCCAAACUCAGACCCUACUUCAUUAAGAACAGCGGCACCGUCACCUCUGGGAACUCCUCAGGUAUUAAUGAUGGAGCCGCGGCAACUGUCCUAAUGAGCCAAUCAGAGGCUGUGAAACGUGGCCUAAAACCCAUGGCCAGAAUUGUAUCGUGGGCUCAAGCUGGCCUUGACCCGUCCAUCAUGGGAACUGGACCAAUUCCAGCCAUCAGGAAAGCGGUUGAGAAAGCAGGCUGGCAGCUGGACCAAGUCGACUUAUUUGAGAUCAAUGAAGCCUUUUCUGCCCAGUCUAUUGUGGUGGUUAAAGAGCUUGGCCUGAAUAUAGACAAGGUGAAUGCGAGUGGUGGUGCCAUCUCUCUGGGCCAUCCCUUAGGUAUGUCUGGCUGCAGAGUGCUGGUGACCUUGUUGCAUGCGCUUCAGAGGACUGGAGGCCAUAAGGGUGUGGCAUCUCUCUGCAUUGGAGGAGGGAUGGGCAUCGCCAUGUGCGUGGAGAAGGUCUGAGAUGAAUACUAAAUGCUGCUUCACAGCUUGCACUCCAUCUCAGUUUAAAGUAUAAAUGGACUCGUUUACACUGCGGGGUGGGGGUGAUGUACAUUUGUUUACCUGGGUUCUUGAUAAGAGUUGUGAUUGUUGGAACUUAACAGUAGCCUGCCUUUCUCACUGUGAAAUUUAAAUCCUUCCUCAGGUUACAGCUGUGUAGCAUGCGACUUAAUGUUUAAGAGGUCUAUAGUGUAAAUCUAGUGUAUGCCGACAGCUUAACCAUGCUGGUAUUAGAUGUUCUAAGUAAGCACCUUACUGUAGUUAGCAAUAAAUCAAAGUAUUGCAUGUUUUUCCCUUGAGAUGACCUGCUUUCAGUUACCUGUACAACUGACUAAAGUAAGCAAACUUGAAAUGCAAGGCCUCAUUAGUGCCCAGUAUGGACAGGCUUGGAAGACACGCUAUCUUAUGUAUAUUCCAUGUUUAGCUAAAAUCAGAUUCUGAUCAACAUUCCACUUUCUCUAAUAAACGAAGCAAACAGCAGCCUUGAAAUGCAGCUAAGUGCCAUAAGGUUAAGUACGCUAGCCUUCUCUUUACCUUGUGCUUCCAGCACAUAACGUGAUGUUUGUGAAAAUGUGUCCUGUAAUGUAGCCGUUCUACAUAUCAAUAAAGAAUUAUAAGCCAUA